AUCAGUCAUACUGUUGCUACGUAGUCACAUUUUAGACAAUCAUUGAUGCAAAACCGUUGAAUUCACGUUCACCUUUGUUACGGCGUUUCAUUCCCAACCCAAUAACACAAGUAGUUAACUCAUACUCGGCAGCUUGGAAGAGUUGUGCAACGUCCCACGCGUUAAAAAAACCCAAAACAAAACGCUGACACAAGCUUCCUGUCACAUGAUGGAGGAGGUGGAAUGACUUUAAGCGCGUGGGGAAAGCAGGGAGCAGCAGUACUGAGGUAGGGUUGUCUUACUUGACGGAAAUAUCACAAUAAAUUGAUAUUUCUCAUGCUUCAGAUGGUUUUUAAGGCCUUUACACAAACUCAUGUAUAUGAGAGGCAAGUAGGCUUCAAGGAAAAAGGAAAAUCCAGCAUCCGGUGCCUGGAAUGCUUUGAGCAAAAUGUGUACAUCGGGACCAGAGACGCUACGGUGCAGCAACUGCUUCUUCCGGCAUGUAACGACGCAAGGCCACCUAGAGAAGGUAGGGUGAGGAAAUUGGGCUCCAGUAGCCCCGUGGUUCAAAUGGGGGCCAUACCGCUUCUCAACCACCUGCUGAUCCUGUGGGAUGGCAGCAUCACGGCGCUCAACAUGUUCUCAUUGGAGCCCGUCCAAGCAUGGCGGAGGGUCCAACACGUGUCUGCGUUUGAGGUGUGUGACUCCUCACUCACAUCUCAGCCCCCGCGUGUACGGGUGGCGGCCUCCUCCAGCCGUAAGAGGCCCAUCCGUAUCCUGGCAGUCGGUGUGGACGGGUGGGACGUUGUCAAGGAGGUCCCCCUCUUCCAGGAAGUGGUGGGCAUGGCGGUGGAUGGUGAUUAUUUGUGUGUAGCCACAAGUGACAAGUACGUCCUGUGCAAUGUGGCCACCGGGGGCACCGAGGAGCUUUUUCCACACAAUCACAGUCGGCAGGGAGCCAUUGUCGCCUCGAUGGGAUACGGGGAAUUUCUCCUGAAUGGGCCUGGAUCUUUAGGGAUGUUUGUGAUGAAGACAGGCGUAUGCCAGCGGCCUCCACUGCAGUGGCUCGAUCAAGUCCUGGCAGUGGCGGUGUGUUUCCCUUACAUCCUGACCCUUCAGUCUGGAGCGCUGUGCGUCUACAGCGCCUUGGAUCAGCAGCUCAAACAGACCAUCGUGAGUCUCAGCGGGGCAAAGGUCCUGCACUCCACAUCAGAUGGAGCACUGGUGUGCACCGACAGGGACGUCUUCAUGCUGCGCUUGGUGCCCUUCCAGGAGCAGAUACAAUGGCUGGUAGGACAGGAGAGGAUACAGGAGGCCUUGACGUUGCUCAAUGGGCUGCAGAGUUUCCAUCCAUGUGACUCACACAAGGAGCUGCAGAAGGCCGUCACGUGCCGGGCUGGAUUUGUUCUUUUUCACCAGGAGGCGUUCUCUGAUGCUGCUGAUCUGUUCAUCAAGGGCGAGAUGGACCCCCGAGAGGUCAUACGCUUGUAUCCCAACAUGGAGUCUUGCCUCUGUGACGACUUUGAAUGCACGUACGGCGACCAAGACAAGAUCAGGUGUCUUCAUGCGUUGUGGUGUGAUGACACAAACAUGUUUCAUCGCUACCAAGCCUUCCUGGGAGACUUUCUCAGUGCAGUAAGAGAGACAGCUCAUGGGCUGCUGAGCAGAAAAGAGGUGGAUUGCGCCCUCUUGAGGUUGUACGUUGAACAGGGGGACACUGACAGCCUGGAGCAGCUUGUGGUAUCCCCCAAUGCAUGCAGCUUGGCUCACUGUGUUCCACUUCUGGAGCAAAAAAGCAGAUUUUUUGCUCUAGGCUCACUCUAUUUCAGUCACGGACUACACAUGGAUGCAAUAAAGGUGUGGGUACAGAUAGCAGACGGCAUCCUCAAAGACCCAUCGCACUCAGACGUCUAUGGCCACAUCGUGCGUAGACUCAGCCAGAUGAAGGACAAAGACACCGUAUGGACGUUUGCAGAUUGGACCUUGCAAAGAAACCAGGAGAUAGGUGUUCAGGUGUUCACCCAACGCCCUCAGGAGGACUGUUUAGAGACACAGCACAUCCUCACUCUCCUGAGGAAGUACCCUGUGGCGCUGGUCUUGUAUCUGGAGUUCCUAAUUGAGCACUUAAACGUUGAGGAGCGGCACCAUCACACCUCCCUGGCCAUGGCCUACCUGACGCUCAUACUGCAGCAGGGAGAGGAAAUGAAGUCAUUCCGGGAGGACGCCAGAGGAAAGUUGCAGACGCUGCUGUGGGAUUCUGAAUUUGUUGAUGUCACGGCUGUAUACGAGAGAAUCAAAACCACUACACUGCAUUUGGAGAAGGCCAUUAUCCUGGGGAGAACCGGUGAACACCUCCAGGCCUUGCAGCUUCUUGUCCACCACACGGGAGACCCCCGGCUAGCCGAGGCCUACUGCCACCAGGUCGCACAGGUCCAGGACUCUCAGUCCAGGAAGGCCUUGCUUAUCAACCUGCUUCAAAUCUACCUGAGCUCUGAGGAACUCACCAGCGCUGCUGUGGAUCUCCUCAACAACAACCCUCAGGCCUUGGCGGCGGAGGUUCUCCACUUCCUGCCAGAAUCCUGGUCCGUCGGACUAGUUUCCCAGUUCCUUGUUGGAUCCCUCAGGGAUAUGUUCCACCAGGGGAGGAUGAUGAAGGUACAAAAAGCUCUGGCCCACGCAGAGCUGUUGCGGCACAAAGUCACAUGGAUGCAAGCGUCAAGAACAAAGUUCAGCAUGGUCAAGGGGCAGUGAGGCCGUGUGGCAGCGCUCCAUUGUUGUCAUUGAGUCAGAGGGAGGGUUGCUUCAAAGGCCUUUAGGCUGCAAUAAAACUACACUUUGACUGUUGGCUUUCUCCUUCUGGCAUGCGUCAUGUGAAUACCAUUAUAUCUUUAUGCAUUUUGUGCAUCUAACCAGUAUUAAAAUCCAUCUUUUAAAAAUACUUCCAAAAGUUCCCUUUAUAUAUAGUAAUUACAGAUCAUUAUAUUACAACAUUAUAUUUCCAAAUUGACCAUAUACUAUAAGACGAUCCCUUUUUUUGUUGCAAAGCUUGUUUUUUGGGGGGGUGUCAUGAGCAAUUAUCUAUCCUAAACCCCUAGCCCAGCCCAAUGCCACAGACAGCUUGCAGUCCAAUGGGAAACACUAUACUGUAUACCAGGGGUUUCAAACUCAAUUUACCUGGGGGCCACUGGAGCUAGGGUCUGGGCAAGGCUGGGCUACAU